UGUUACGUACUGUCUGGGAUUCGUUGGUGUUCGUUUGCUUUUGAGAAGAAACAAUUCCCGAUGGGUCACGCUUUUGUUUGUUUUUAUUUAUUGUCGUAAUAGGUUUCAUUUCGGUUAAUUGUUGUUCAAUAAGAAGCACUCUGCGUAAGUCAAAGUGGGGUAUCGUAGGACUUCGGAUCAUACGGGCCAAGAAGGUUAGUCGCCAUCUGCAAAGGAGCAUUGUACAGGUGGAGUCCUCAGCAAACUUCAGCAGUUUAACAGAUGAGUCGCUGAAGGUGCAGUCAUUGGUAUAAAAAGAGAAAAGGAGAGGAAACGGAACACAGCCCUGAGGAGGCCCUGUGCUCUAGAUAUUCAAGCUAUAUAAAGAUGACAGUUGCAAGAUUCCUCUGAACAAACAAACCUCUAGAAGUGAGAAAAGCAAUGAAUAAUAAAUCUAGAUGUGAAAGCUACAAGAGGGCUAAUGAAAGACAGCACCCGGAGAUGACUGAAAAGAAGAGACAUCCACAUGCACACUGUAGUAAGAGGGACUUGGACAGAGAUUCGGGAUUUUCAGAUGCAAGUUCAGAAUAUCUCAGUACAGUGGAACAUACAGACUCUGAAGAUGUACAGAAGCACCUGCCUCAGAAUGUAGGAUCUUGGUCACAGCAAGCCAAUGUUUCUGUUAUUGGUGGCACAUUCCCAGGACUGUCACCAGUGAUUGUUAUGAACAAUGUUCUUCUGAAAAAUCCAGAUAAUGCCAUCCAACAGUUUAAACCCUGGGCUUUCCAUCCCUCACUCGAAAUGAUCCCACAACCUCAGGUGGUCUUUUUGCAACCUGUUGUUUCAAAUCCUGGCAACCAGCAAAAGAUACUGAAGCAGAGAAAGCAGAGAUUGGGAAACUAUCGUCCAUUGUUAAAAUCCUAUCCAAAAAUAGCUCCACAUCCAGAAGAUAAAACAUCGAAAAAGGCCACUUCCUUCUCUUCUUCACAGGAGUUGCCAGCUAAAAGCAAAACAGCAGCAUAUAAUUGGGAAAAGGAAGAUAAUGCAAUAACCAUAGAAAGUAGUGCUUCUGUCGACAAGUGUUCUGUUGUCAACAUGCAUGAUGUAGGCAUCAAGCAGCCUUCACAUGACUGGCACCAGGCAAAGGAUGAUGUUUUAACUACUGAUGAAUCUAAUGAUGUAAUAGACAAACCUUCUGAAACCAGUUACUUUCAAGAAAAAAUGUCGCCUCAGUCUUCCAGUCCACCAGAAUUCAUAUCUACCUGCCCCUCAGUCUGUGAUCUUAAAAACAUUAGGAGUGAAGAGGACAGUACUGACAGUGUAUCACGUAUUAAAGAAAAUAAACGAAAACGUUUCUGCAAUACUUAUAACAUUCUCAGCAAGUCAGGAUUGCUAGGCAUCACUUUACGAACUAAAGAGUUAAUACGACAGAGCCGAAAAACCCAGAAUGAGUUGGAGCUUCUGAAAGAGCACACCAGCCUCUUUUUAGAAGUUGUUAAAAGUGGUGACCCAGAAGUACUGGCCAAGCUGCAGACAGCCAUGUUCAAGACAACCCACCUUGUAAGUGCAUCUCCAAAUGGAUGUAAUGAACAAAUGGAGGGAGCUCCCUCUUCACAAUAUUCUGCUAUGAACACGUGAUCAUUUUCAGUCAUGGCUGUCUAAUAAAAACUUGCGUAUUCUGUUAGACCUUAUUAAAGUGAUGCAUUGUUUUGCUACAUAAUGCAAAAUGCAUUUUCAGUCCUGUUGAUUGUUGCCAAAUCUCAGUGUUACUAGGUUUCAGAUAUGGUAAUGAUAAUAACAAAUAGAUUAUCCUGUAGUUGAUUGUAAAGCAGCAGAUCACUUGGAUGCACCUUGUAUGUUGACAACUUUGAAACAAUUCCCAAUGUCCAAUUUUGCUUUUUCACAUUUUUUUUUAAAUGAAUUUAAAUGCACUGUUUCUGACAGCUGUGCCUAAUAACGUAUACACCCUAUUGAAGUGUGUAACUAACCACUGGGAACCAUUUUGUAAUUGCCUUUCAUCAUUUGACAGUAAAGGACAAAGUUGGAGUCCAUGUGUACAUUUUAAUUUAAAUAUUAUUU